CAGCCUCAUCUUUGCGGCGUGGCUAGGGUUUUCUUUUACCCAAUUCUUCAAUUUCUGAUUUUCACACUCAUUUCCUCUCACUCCGUUUCCAUACCUCAAAUUACUUUCCAAAUUUGUAUUGCUAUCUUCAAUCGGCUGUUCUUUAUGGAUUGUAAUAAUUUCUGAAGAAUUUUCGUUCAGUGAGUUGAUUUUCACUUUGCAGUUGGUCGUCUGCGUGUGAGUUGCAGUUCUAGAUUGAACGGAUAUGGCAACCAUGAAUCCUUUUGAUCUCCUCGUCGACGAUGACAACGAGGACCCUAAUCAGCUCGUUUCUGCACAGCGGUCCGCUCCGGCUGUCCCGUCCAAGAAGGCUCCUUCUCUGGCUCAACCUGCAAAACCGGCUAACCUUCCUUCCAAGCCGCUCCCUCCUGCUCAGGCUGUAAGGGAAUCAAAGAAUGAGAAUAGCCGUGGUCGUGGAGGUGGACGUGGCUUUGGACGAGGGCGUGGUGGUGGAGGAUUCAAUAGAGACUCAGCCAACAAUGAAAACGGUGGCAAGAAUGGAUUCUCUGAUCGUUACCAGGCUCCUGAGGAUGGUGAAAAGGCAACUGAAAGGCGUGGUUAUGGUGGUCCCCGUGGUUCCUUCCGAGGUCCUCGUCGUGGUGGCUUCAGCAAUGGGGAAACGGAAGAAGGUGAACAGCCCCGAAGAGUGUAUGAACGUCGCAGUGGAACUGGACGUGGCAAUGAGUUUAAGCGUGAUGGGGCUGGUCGUAGGAACUGGGGAGCUCCUGGUGAUGAAAUCGCCCCGGACGUGGAAGAGCCUGUCGCUGAGAACGAGAAGAAUGUUGCACCAGAGCAACAAUUGGGAGAGGAUGGCGCCGUUGAUGAUAACAACAAAGAGGAGGCCGCGAAGGAAGCAGAGGAGAAGGAGCCUGAGGAUAAGGAGAUGACCCUGAAAGAGUAUGAGAAGCUCCGUGAAGAGAGUAGGAAACUGCUGGCAAAAACCGAGUUGAGAAAGGCCGAGGUCGAUGAGGAACUAGAGAACAUGCAGCAGCUUUCCUGCAAAAAGAGCAACGACGAAAUCUUCGCCAAACUGGGUUCUGAUAAGGAUAAGCGCAAGGACAUUGCGGACAAGGAGGAAAAAGCUAAGAAAUCUGUGACUAUAACCGAGUUCCUGAAGCCCGCUGAAGGCGAGAGGUACUACAACCCGGGUGGUCGAGGUCGAGGACGUGGGCGAGGAGGAUCUAGAGGUGGAUUCAACAACGGAAGCAACAGAAUGACUGUGGCGGCGGCGGCGGCGGCCCCGUCAAUUGAAGAUCAGGGGCAGUUCCCUUCAUUGAUGAGUGCUAAGUGAGAAGUUAUUUUGGUAACUACAUUUUAAAAAAGUUUAUUGAUGAGAUUAUAUUAUAUUAUAUGAGAUCAGGAUUUUUGAGUUACAACUAAACUGGUAUGAACAGGAUAUUCUGCUAUAUGUAGUGUAAAUCAUGGAUGUUGUGUCUUGAACGCUCUUUUAAGUUAUGCAUCAAUUUUGAUUUUUGUUGAA